AUGCCCUAUACACCAUCUGGCUUUUUCUGUGACCGGUUGAUCCGGGAACGAGAGAGAAGAGACGGGGAAGGGUCUCUGAACAAGCCCCUCCACUUCAACAACCAGGACUUCAACACCCUGAGACAGGAGUGCCUUCAGAGGAAGAGCCUGUUUGAGGAUGAUGCUUUCCCAGCCACUGUGGAGUCUUUAGGCUUCAAGGAGCUUGGACGCAAGUCCAACAAGGUGAAGAACAUCAUCUGGAAGAGACCCAAGGAAAUCUGUGAGAACCCUCAGUUCAUUGUUGGAGGAGCCAGCAGGACAGACGUCUGCCAGGGAGAUCUUGGUGACUGCUGGCUGCUGGCUGCCAUCGCCUGUCUUACCCUGAAUGAGAAGCUUCUCUACCGUGUUGUUCCCCAGGAGCAAAGCUUCUCAGAGGGCUACGCUGGCAUCUUCCACUUCCAGUUCUGGUGUUACGGUGACUGGGUUGAUGUCAUCAUCGACGACCGCAUCCCAACCUUCAACAAUCAGCUGGUUUUCACGAAAUCCGCAGAGAGGAAUGAGUUCUGGAGCGCUCUGCUGGAGAAGGCCUAUGCCAAGCUGCACGGCUCCUACGAGGCUCUGAAGGGCGGAAACACCACCGAGGCUAUGGAGGAUUUCACCGGUGGAGUCACUGAGUUCUAUGAGAUGAAGGAAGCUCCCAAAGGGCUUUACAAGAUCAUGAAGAAAGCUCUGGAGAGAGGCUCCCUCAUGGGCUGCUCCAUUGAUUCUCUGGUUCCCGCUCGCUUUGAGACUCGUACUGUGACGGGACUUGUGAAAGGCCACGCCUACUCUGUGACGGCAGUGGAAGAGUGUAGACCGUCCCUGCACAAGGACUCUAAAGUUUGCCUGGUGCGUCUCAGGAACCCGUGGGGUCAAGUGGAAUGGAAUGGUCCCUGGAGUGACAACUCUAAGGAGUGGGCCACACUGCCUAAGGCUGAAAAAGAGAAGCUACAGCACCAGAGUGCUGAGGACGGGGAAUUCUGGAUGUCGUUUGAGGAUUUUAAGAAGAACUACACCAAGCUCGAGAUCUGUAACCUCACCCCCGACGCCCUGGAGGACGAUAAGACCCACAAGUGGACGGUCUCUGUGAAUGAGGGCCACUGGGUGAGAGGCUGCUCUGCCGGAGGCUGCAGGAACUACCCAGACACUUUCUGGACCAACCCUCAGUACCGCCUUCGUCUGCUGGAAGAGGACGAUGACCCUGAGGACAACGAGGUGAGCUGCACCUUUGUGGUGGCUCUGAUGCAGAAGAACCGGCGGAAAGAACGUAAGAUGGGAGCUAACCUCUUCACCAUCGGAUUCGCUAUUUAUGAGGUGCCAAAGGAGAUGCAUGGGAACAAGCAGCACAUGCAGAAGGACUUUUUCCUGGUCAACUCGUCCAAGGCUCGCUGCAAGGCCUACAUCAACCUGCGUGAGGUGACCGAGCGUUUCCGCCUGAGCCCUGGGGAGUAUGUCAUCGUUCCCUCAACAUACAAGCCGCAUCAGGCGGGGGAGUUCAUCCUGCGAGUCUUCUCUGAAAAGAGGAACACCUUUGAGCAGAUAGAGAACAGGAUCGAGUCUGACCAUCCAGUGCCGGCGCCGACCUCAGCGGGGGAGGAGAACGAGGAGGAUCAGCAGUUCCGGACUAUUUUUCAGGAGAUAGUUGGAGAUGUGAGUAGACAAGAGGAGGGAAAGUUCAUUUUGAUUUUAGGAGACCAAAUGGAAAUCACAGCCAACAAACUGAAAAACAUUCUCAACAGAGUGAUCACCACAUACAGGGACCUGAACACAGAAGGCUUCAGCCUGGAGAGCUGCAGGAGCAUGAUCGCUCUGAUGGACAUGGGCGGGACAGGUCAACUCAAUCUUCAGGAGUUUAGACAUCUGUGGAAUAAGAUCAGACAGUGGCAGGGAAUCUUUAAACAUUAUAAAACUGACCGGUCUAGUAGCAUCAGCAGUUACGAGAUGAGGAAUGCCAUCAACGAUGCAGGCUUUCGUCUCAACAACCAGCUGUACGACAUCAUCACCAUACGCUACGCCAACGAGAACAUGAACAUCGACUUUGACAGCUUCGUCAGCUGUCUGGUUCGCCUCGAAGCCAUGUUCAGGGCAUUCCAGGCCUUUGAUAAGGAUGGAGAUGGUACAAUCAGUCUCAGUGUCCUGGAGUGGCUCCAGUUGACUGUGUACACCUAGACAGGCCCAUCUCCUCCCAGGUGAGCUCCACUCCUCACGAAGACCCGACCUGCCAGCUUUUACCUCAGUAUCCACCUCAUUCCCCUCCUUCAGUCUCAGCAUUUCUCAUCAGUCUCCUUUCAGUCACUAGCUUACAUCUUUAUUCAUUUGUUCUAGACACCUUCACUGUUACACAUGUACUGUACUUUUCUCAGGCAUCCAACACCCACCACAUUACCUCACAGAGCCUCUCCCAGUAGCUCAUUUCUGUGCUCGUUCAUUUAACCACCUGUUAUUGUUUUUUUCUGAGCAACAAGUGCUUUCUUCCUGUAUCCACUCCAGUGAACUACACUCUCUGGUGGACAGUCACUAAACCUAUUACAUUUCUGACAGUACAACAGUUUAUUUGGAAUUUCUCUGCCCCCAGCCUGUUUUUAUUGACUUAUUUUUGUCAAAAUAAUAUGGUGGAUUUAUUGCGGGCCCCUAGAAUGAGUGACAUUUCUGGAUAUGAGCCCUCCUGUGUGCUCCAGUCCUACAAACAGCGCUCCCUGGUGGACAAACUCAGGCAUCUUCAGGACAUCUGUGCUCCAGCCAGCAUUCACCAUCACCCACCCUCCACAACCAUCCAGUUUACCGGUCGUGCAGCUCUGCAUGCGGAUGGAUGAGAUUCAAGAACAAAACUGUGGCGCAGACGAGCUUGUUUUUUUAAAACAUGACAACGUUUUAAGGUUCAGAUAUGGAUUUGACAGAGUGUGGCUAAUGGGUUGGACUGCAGCCUGAUAAGGCUUUGGUCAGAUGAGUGUUUUAACCUCAAAAAUAAAUAAUUGGUGUAGUUAUUGA